AUUGAGAAGUACACGGUGGAGAAGGAAAGUGCGCUUUUUUGUUCACUCCGAACGAACGAUAUCUAAUUAGUCAGCGAGAUCGAUCGGCGGAACACACAAAGGGCGGUGAUCGAAAUCGAAGGAACGAACUAGUCGAAGCGAGAGUGUGUGGAAAACGAGGAGCCGGGUCAAAAUCAGGGGUGGUGGCGCAGCAUAAGGGGUUGAAGUUGCUUUGUUGGAAGGCGAACAUGGGCGGUUGGCCACUGCUGUUGUUGACUACUCUGAUGCUCGUUGGAGUAGUCUGUGGAAAUCGUGAGCAUAAGGUUCACAACAUUGUGUUGUACCCGGACAAGCACUCGUGGUGUUCGACGAGGAACAUCAGCCAGGUGAUCAGUUACCCGGGAUGCAAACAGGUGACGAUCGAUAACAAUGUUUGCGUGGGAGCUUGCUUCAGUUACUCGAUUCCCCAUACCGAGCCAUCCGAUCCUGGCGAAGUGAUUGGGCCAUACUGUGACAGUUGUCAACCGUCGGAGACUUCAUGGCAUCAUGUGACUUUGGAUUGUUCGGAAAAUUCCAGUAACAAUGGUGACGAAGAGUCAAAGCCUUCGGUUUUGGUGAAACGAGUCCAGAUAAUCAAAAAUUGUUCGUGCACAUCCUGUGAGAAGCAGACUCACAAAAAGCACCAUCACCAUCAUCAGGAGGAGCAACAGGUCACUCAGGUGUCCUCUACCACAGCAUCCUUAAUCCAGAACGACAUUCCCGAACUGCUGGAAGUGGUUCCGUACAGUGAGAACGAUACUGAACCAAUCCACCAUUCACCGAUCCACUCGCAUCAGAGUGGAACCCAUGGCACGACCUACAUGCAGCAGCAUCAACUCAACCACUACGAGCACAACAGUCACACCGAGAAUGUCAAGAAGCUACUUCACCAAAAAAUCACCGGCCUUCUCAAGAGCAUCGAGGAAACCAACUCCAAACAUGACCGCGAGCAGUUGGUCGAAAUGAUCAAGCUCAUCAAAGGUUCGAGCGAUCGCAACUGGGAUGACCUGGUGGAAUCCCUCCAAUCCGAGAACGCCAUCCUGGAUUUCGAUCGGCUCCGAGCGGAGCUCGAGACGGAAGAAGAUCCUCAAAUCCACGUCCAACCCAAAUCAUCUGAACAUGAAGAUCACGAACGGCUGCUGAAGCAUCAGUUCGACAUCCUGAACCACCACCCUCACCACCAUCCCCAUCAGCAUCACGCAGGGGACAAACUGGACGAACACCAUCACCUGCAACGGGGUCCCCAUGGUUCGUUGGUCAUCACCUCCGACGAGCACGAAAUCAAGGAGAAGAUCAACAUUCACUCACACGAGCUGAAACCGAACCACGCGGGAGCGAUUCUAACCUACGACAACCAUCACAGCGAGCACGCUAGAAACCAUCGCCAUGGGGCGGACGGAGCUGCCACUGAUCAUAGCAACGUUGGUCAGGAGCAAAACUGAGGCCGCCUACCCCGAUGGGGCGGGGGUGGAAAAAUUAUAUUUGUUUUUAAGCUUCUAGUCGUUAGUGAUUUUUUGUUUCCUUUUUCAAAUUUAGCUUCCCUCCCUGAUCGAACAAUUUUUGAUCGAUUGUCUUGCUAUAUAUUUGCGCCGGUUUCACAUUGAAUCGCCACCCAAGCGUGCGUGGCAAUAGUUUUUUUUUUUGAAUAUUUUAUCUGUGAACAAAUGUGUUUUUUAUUUAACCACCAAACACACACACACGCCCAAAUUGUAUUAGGUAAUAUCUUUCGUUUAAGUUAAUAUUUAUUUUUUUUUCUGUUGGAAAGCUGGUCUCUAGACAGAAAUGGAAGUGAGAAAAGUACGGAUUUUUUUCAAACGCUAAAUUGUUCUUCUGAGAAAACCAAUACCACCAACCACCACACCACCACCAUACACUGAAGAUCUUCGAACGGGUGUCAUUCGUUGGGAUGCCUUCAGUAGUUUUGUUUUAGUUAUGUUUGAAAGUAGUUGAAACGAGUGAUCGUCAAAAUUAAUUGAAUAAAUUGCUGAAAUAAAGUUGAGUAUAUUUAACAUAUUUAUGGUGGUAAGCUCCAACCGGUAUUAUCCUCGGAAUAAAU